GAGUAUUCUCUCGCAAACGCCCGCCCCAGCCGGACGUGUGUGCGUGUGUGGACCAGUGCGCGUAGCGUCGCCCUUCGGCCGUGUGCGGGUUUGUUUUGGGUAGCGCCCUUCAUCACAGAGGGGUUAAUUGAGCCAAUGUAAUUUGGCUACAAUACAACAGUGCGAUAUAGUGUGUAACUUACCCCGAAAACUCCCCAUUGUGCAUCGGAGAACGUGUUCAUUGUGUGUCAAACCAAAACAAUCAAAAAACGGUGCCCACUUUCACUCCGGAAGAUUAUUGUUUUUUUGUUGUUGUUGCUGCAGCCUGCUGUGUUGUGUGUUUUUUUUUUCUAUCGCUGCUCACGCGGCUGUCACUGGAAUUGAGGUUGGAUGUGUUCCGUGCCGCGGGUGUGUCGCUGUGUGUGUGUGUGAACGGCAACAUUGUGCAUCGAGCUGAAUCAAACAUCAGUUUGUUUUUGCCACUUUCGAGGUGAAAUAGUGUGUAAUUGCAUGACUUACCCAGGCGGUGGUACAGAACAAUCCGCCACAGCGGUGUUAGACAGAGUUUGUUGUUUUUUGGAGCAGAGCUUGGGGCGUUCUGUUUAUAGUUCGGCGUCGCCAAUUGCCACGGCCGCCGGAAACGGUCGAUUUUACAACGAGGCCAGCAGCAGCACCAAACCCACAGCAAACACUUGGUGCCGAAGGUGUGUCAUUCUUGGUUCUCGAUUCCCUCGGGCCCAGCUGCUUCGCUGUCUGUCCUCAGCCGCAUUGUGUUAGAUGGUGGUGGUGGUGGUCAUUCGAAACCUUACCCUUUUCCUGUGCGUGUGUGUGUGUGGUUUCCUCCCGUCCGCGGGUGCAUUUGUCUGCCCCCCAAAACCUGCCCGCUUUUGGAGGAAAAUGAAAAGCACUGACGGUGAUGGGCAGAUGGGUUCGAACCCUGUUGUAGCCAGCUUAUCAGCGCCUUAACACGAAACGGUACCACUGAAAAAGGAAAACGCAAGAACAGCCUGCUGUGGUGGAACACCAGGAACAGCUGUCAAAAAAACAGAAAAAACGCAACAAGUUUGUGCACCGACCAACCGGCACCGGAAAAAGUAGAACACAACCAUAUACACACACACAAACACACCCAUCAGUUCGCGGCUUGACCGAUAGCGAUGGCCCAUUUUUCGCUCACCGAAAUGCCGACCGACCUGAAGGUGACGGAUACGUUCCCGAAGAGUGGCCGCGUAACGGAGGUUUGCAAAGAAUGGCUCGUGCGGGAGGAUGGUGCCUUAGCAUAUCAGCUGCAGAACCAAGAGAUUAACGAACACUACAAGGGUAACAAACAGCGCAACCAAAUCGUGCGGCAGGACUUCCCCACCGCCCUGUCCGAGCAAAUCCGGGAGAAGGAGGAUGCGGAGCGGCAGGCAGCACUGUACCAUCAGAUGAUAAACGAGCAAGAGGAGAUGGACGCAAAGGUGGCACGCGACAUUGCGGACCAGCUCAACCGGGAGGCGCAACUGAAGCGUCAGAUGGAGCUGCAACGAGGCGAACUGUUGGCCCGCAAGCUGCAAGAGCAAGCCGUGCUGGGAGAUCGUAGACAUCCGCCCGGAGUGGCGGGAAGUUCCGGCAGACAUCCACCGUCCGCGCAGGAGCAAAACGCAUUCCCGCUUCCACCCCGUGCGCAUCCAAAGCCAAAGCCCGGACCGGCCACGAACGGCAACCAGGAGCACGCGGGAAGCUCCCACUUUAUGGCGCAUUCGCCACCGCCGUCCGCAGCGCAGCAAAGCAACGAGCCGCCGGGUCUGCAUUACGCCUCGUUGGACCUGAACGCCCCGAAACGUCCGCCACCGCAGCCCGUGUUUCAGAAUGGCCGGGCCGUACCGCUAAGUCCGCCUCACCAUGCCGCCACCGGGUAUCAGGAGCGGCUGGAAGUGUUUCCGCCUCCACCGCCGCCGCCAGCAGCAGCUGCAAACUUCAACCAGUACUCGGACGACGAGGAACCGGUCAGCGGGGGACAGUACGCCAACGUAAACCUGCACUCGCACACGCCGGAGAAGAAGCAACCGCAACAGGCGCCACCGUACCGGCAGCAGCCGGGUCGCUCGUUACAGCAGCAAGCGGCCGAUCUCGUCGAAAGCAUCCGGCCGUACGAUGUGCCGCUGUCGAACGAUGACUUUUCGUACCAGUAUCCACUGCCACCGACGGUGAACAACAUUUCCGCCCCUUCGGGCAGUAGAGCUGGUGGUGCAGUGCGGUACGGAGGUAAUAAUAAUAAUAUUAUCGUCCCCACGACGACGGAGGCCGACUAUCAGAACAAUACAAACUUUAACAAAAUGUCGCCGGAAAAGUACGUGGCGCCGGCUGUGUCAUCGAGCCGUCAUGUCGCUCCCGAGGGUUACGGGCGACGAAACGAAGCUCCACCGCUGCAGCGAACGUCCGCCAACCCCAUCAACUACAAUCUGUACGAUGAUGACGAUAUUGAUGAGGCGCUGGCAGGCACGAGCGGGACGUUUACGGCGACGCCACUCAAUCAGCUGGGGCUGCCGGUUGAGGCGGGACCGAGCGGCCGGUACGCGAAUGGUGGAGCGACGCCGAAGACGGGUCACUCGCAUCACAACCACAACCACAACCACCAUCAUGGUGGUGGUCAUUCGCAACAGCACGGAAGCGGAGGUGCGAGUGCGAUCUACCAGAACCAGCCUCAUUCGUCGCACGCUUCGCCGAGCCACUCGAAAGCGAGCAGCUACGACAAGACGGAUCGGAUCCGGACGCUGCAGGAGCUUGGGCUGGCGCCGGACGAGAUCCAGGAGAUCGAUAUGCGGCUCGAGCAGGAGCUGCGCGAUGCGGAACUGGCCCGCAAGCUGCAAGAGGAGGAAGGCGGCACCGUCGAUCAGGAAUUCAUCGAUCGUAAGGUAGCGAUGGAGGCGCAAGACAAAGAGCUCGCCAAAAUGCUGCAGGAGCGUGAACGGGCCAAGGCAAAGCGAGCUCGCGAGAAGGCCCGACUAAAGAAGGAGCAACGGCUGCAGCAACAAAAGCAGGAGCAACGAGCGGAUGGCACCGUAUCGGAGGAUGACCCGGGUGCCGUUGGAGAAAUUGUUGCUGCUGCUGACCCAAACGCCGAUCCGGAUGCGAUCGUUGACGCUUCCUACUCCAACCCGAUCGAUAUGCUGCAGCAGCAGCAACAGCAACAGCAAAGGCCACCAAAGCUGAUCUCCCCGACCGGCUCUGCCGCCGGUGCGAGAGGAUAUUACGGCGCACCGGUGCCAGUACCGACGACGGACCAUCCACUGCACAACCAUCGCCAGCAGGGAAGCAUUUCAUCGCACGGCUCGGGCUCUGGCAGUAUCGGUAACGGUGGACAGCAGCAGGCAAACCAGUUCGCAGGGCCAAUCAGUGACGAAAACUACUCCAACCCGGUCGACAUGAUUAAGCAGCAGAAGCAGCAACAGCAGCUACUGUUCCAGCAGCAACAGUUGUUACAGCAGCAGCAGCAGCAGCGUGGUGGACCGAACCUGAAGCUGUCCGCGAACGUGCAGCGGUUAAUUGAGAAUGGGCGCAAGGACGAUGAAAUCUAUGUGCUGCCCGUUUCGCAGGAAGACCAUCCGCCCAUGGAGCUGCCCCAGUCGCAGCGUACGCCACCGAGAGGUUCGAUGCAUCCGGCCAACGGUGGGCGGCACGUGUCAUCGCCUGGGUCAAGGAAUCAAUACCUGGACGAUAACAUCGCUGCAAAGAUUGAUCCAACCUUUGGCAGUGGUGCCGGUGGCAUGGGACACUCUCCAACCUCCACCGGGACGUCCUCUUCCGCCGCAAACGCAUCGCAACCAGACAUACUUGAAUUCUCCGACCCCGGGUCCUCUAGUCCAGUGCCGCCACCGUACAUGCCGAUACAGGGUACACGCCGAACGAACGCGCCCGAUGGCAAGAAGCGCAAGUCGAAGGAACGCUGCGCACAGCAAUAAGCGACUGGAAUUGAUGACGCACGGGAAUGACGUACAUCAAACACUGCCCUUUUGCCCCGCGCAGGAGUACCGAGGAUGUAUCGAACCGCAUUUAUUUUGCCAGGCCGUGCUGCACUCAGAAGCCGGCAGUAUGUUGUGUGGAGUAUUUAAUUGCUAAAGCAACCCAGAGAAGGGAGCCUUUUGCAAGUUGGCAGCGCCGUGGUUUAAGCCUUAAGUUGUGCUUAACGUGUUUUGUGUGGUAUGAUUUUAAAUCUCACCAGCCUCACCUAAUAUUUAUCGAACGUUGUGGAUCGGCGGGAGAAGGAGCGAUGAUGGUCAGAGCGUACCGUGUUUUGGUGCUCCGGCUUCGGCUCAGUGAAAUAUAUGUGUUUUAUUUUUUCUCUUUUGUAAUAAAAGCAAUGAGUUGAUAUACAAAG